AUGACGAUGCGGCACCGUGGUUUAGCUUACAAGGCUCUGCUGCCACGCCUGCCUCGUAAUCUAGUUGUUUUCGAUGGACAUUGUUUGCUAUCUCAAGCCCGUGUCCGUUACGUUUUAGAGCGAAACUUCAACUAUCUUUCAAUUCCUUCUUACUUACUUGGAUACACGCAAGACACAGGCUUGGAGCGACAUCGAAUUUAUUUCACUUCCUUCAGCUCAUUAGAAGGAAAUGAACUCAAGCGUCUUUUUUUCCCUAUUUCGAACUCAUUGAGGAAGACACCUUCAACGGGCACAUCAACUUCGAGUCUCCCCUUGUCUUCUCAACCAUCACGUUUGCCGGAUGAUUUAGUAAUUCUGUUUGUUGAGAAGGUACCCUCGAGGAAUGCAUCUCUUCUGCAUCAGGCAGGCGGCCACCGUGCUCACGAGGACCGCAACGCCGCUCUUUUUGCGCCGGCUUCAUCAAACUCAUCGUCAUCCUCAUCGACGGCAAGAUUUUACUUGUUUAGAGACAAUCGCCCGAGACGAAAGGGUGACCCUCAAAUGGAUGCUGGAACGCUCAUUUUCCCUGAGGAUACUGACCUGCUUGUUUCCACUAACUUCAGCGCCAUGUGUCGUAUCGGCAUGCAUCUCGACCGUAUUUGGCUUCGAAUAGUAUUCCGCGUCCUGUACUCCAUCAUACCGAGGCGUUUGGGAGAUGCAUGGUUUGAGCGUGUCGUUUCGAGGCGUCGCAAGCUGAUCUGGGGGACCUCAGAGGAGGACGCUGUCACCGUCCCAGGUGCGAUUGAUGGCAUGAAGGAGAGACGCUGGUCGUGGCACAAAAGGUAUGCAUCCUAA